GGUGCGUUGAGUUGCAACAUACGCCAUUUUGCAUUGACAGCGGUUUGCUACAGCAGUGGAGACAUACAGCUCGAGAAGCCCCGGUUUAGAGUGUAAACUAUGGGGAAUGUCUUUUCAAACCUGUUUAAGGGUUUAUUUGGGAAGAAGGAGAUGAGAAUUCUCAUGGUUGGUCUUGAUGCCGCCGGUAAAACCACCAUCCUGUACAAACUCAAGCUGGGAGAAAUAGUUACCACCAUUCCCACUAUCGGUUUUAAUGUAGAAACGGUAGAGUAUAAGAAUAUCAGUUUCACGGUUUGGGAUGUUGGUGGCCAAGAUAAAAUCAGGCCACUUUGGAGGCACUACUUCCAGAACACUCAAGGUCUGAUAUUCGUAGUGGAUAGUAAUGACAGGGAACGAGUUAAUGAAGCCAGGGAAGAGUUGACAAGAAUGUUAGCUGAAGACGAGUUGCGUGACGCCGUUCUUCUCGUUUUUGCAAACAAACAGGACCUUCCCAAUGCCAUGAACGCAGCUGAGAUUACAGAUAAACUGGGCCUUCACGCCCUCCGUCAUCGUAACUGGUACAUCCAGGCCACCUGCGCCACCAGUGGGGACGGGCUCUACGAGGGGCUGGACUGGCUCUCCAAUCAGUUGAAAAAUCAGAAAUGAGCUAGUCUACAGCCUCCAAAUCUGUGUGUGUGUUUGUUGUUGUGUGAAUGGGUAGGUGUGUGUGUGUGCGUAUGUAUAUGAGAGAGCGAGACACACACAGACUUUGACUGAACUCAGUAUCCCAUGUCCUCCCUCUCAUUCAUUCAGGUUUGGGCAUUGCUGAUUCAGACUGUGUUUGUGUGUGUGUGUGCAUAGUGAAGCGUCUAUCUUUAGUAUGCACGUUAGCAAGAAUGUAUCGUUUCAUGUGUGUAUGAAGGCUUUUCUGUCUGUUUGCUUGGUUUGGGAAUGACCCCUGGCGUGCCUUUUAUACACACACAUCUCCUCUUCUCGUUUCACCUCACAAACUGUGUUGUUUUUGCUCCAUACUGCACCACGCGUGGUUUUCACAUGGCGAAGAAAGAACCAAGGUUGACGGCAAUGAACCAUUCACUGCGAUAAUAACCCUCCGCCAGUAUUACAGGCCUGCUGAUAUACAACAUGUACACUUUAGACAUAGAGCUUUUAAUUGAGAUUAAAAACCUGCCCUGUCUCUUUAGGAACAAAUGCAUUGUAACCUGUAUCAGGUGAGGAUCGAUUCGCUCAGAUUCCCCCACCACCGUCCUUGAUCGUUCUUUUCGAGUCAUUUGAAAAUCAGGCUUGUUUUAUUUCCGGCUCUUCAGGUCCAUGUUUUAAUUUGUGAGUGUGUCCGAAUGUGGGUAGUGGAGUUAAGGGCAGAUCUCUGGUUUCCUACUGUACACUACCUGUUUCCAGCCGCCACUCAAACCCCGGCCCGAGCACAAUCACAGACUGCUGAACAUUCCCCCUCCACCAAAUUGUUGGAUUUGAUUUGAAUUAAAAAAAACAUCAUAUAUUA